AUUAAAUCAGACUAAAAACAAACACAUUCAUUCAAUUUUCAAAAUAAGAUAAAAUAAAACAAAAGUAGAAAUCAUGAAACUGUGUUUUUACCAUCUAAUUGACAAUACAUUUCAUCUUGUAUUAUACUCAUUAUUAUUGAGUAUAAUUUUACAAAAUGUUUCAGGUUCAGGCUUAUUUGAUGAUAUAGUUACGCCAAGACCCAGACCGAAAACAACACCUAGGAAUUCUGCAGGUUCCUUGACUACACCAUGGAUUACAUUGAUAUCAAGUAUUGUAACUAUUGUGAAAAUUCGAAAUUCCUUCACAACAUGGAAUAAAUUCUGAUGAAAAUAAGUUGGAAAAAACAAAUGAGAAUUAUUAGACUGUUGAACUAUUUCUAUGAACCAGUUGUUUAUUGUUAACUUCAUUAGAUUAUCUAAUGAUUAUAACGAUUAUAAAUUUUGAAUUAAUCCAUUUCAAAAAAAAGGUAUCCAGAAUGAUUAAACACACUAAUUAUAAGUUCAAUGUUCAAUAUUAUUGAUAAAUUGAAUUGAAUUCAAACAACUG